AUGAUUGCUCCUGUCGAACAAAAGCCCGAGGUGGUCCACGUCCAGAUCUCGCCAGAAGAGCGAGCCUCAAACACAAUAUCCAAACAAAAUUUGGAGAAAGCUGUCGUGGCGCUUUCUGAAGAUGGGGUCGUCGUCCUGGACGGAGCCGUCUCACAAGAGAGCCUCGACUUCCUGAACCCGCGGAUGGUCGAAGAGGCAAAGGCUCUCCGUGAAGGGCCGUCAACCUGGUUCAAUUACAGCACGAAAGCUCAGAAUAUUCUGCAACAUAUGAUUCCAGAGCCAGAUUACCUCUUACCAGACGUGCAUGCAAACCCCUUCGCGACCGAUGUCUGCAAGACAAUGAUCGGCCCCAACCCUGUCCUCCGUUAUCAUAAGGCCAACACCAACUUCCCGGGCGAGAGCCGUCAACCGGUUCAUAGCGACGUGCACUACGACCAUCCACGUGCAUGUUUCAGCUUGGCGGUUAACAUCGUGCUGAUCGACUGCUCACCCGAGAAUGGCUCGACAGAAUGUUGGCCGGGGACCCAUACGACCACAAAAUUCUCAGAUCAGAAUGGCAUGAAUGGUAUCCAUCAACAUCUGUUGGAUGAAAGAGUCAAGACCCACGGACAACCCAUCCAGCCGAUAGUGAAGAAAGGUGGCAUCAUCAUUCGCGAUAUGAGGCUGUGGCACGCCGGCAUGCCUAACCGCACCGCCGACGAAGUCCGAGUCAUGCUCAACCUCAUUUACUUCGCCGACUGGUACAGAAGUACUAUGACCAUCACAUUUCCCAAGAGUGCCGACUCGAAGGUGAAGGAGCUUGAGAAGGCGGGCGGCAUCCGCAUUGCUGCCGAGUUCGUGGAUGAGCUCGAUCACACUACGCUCGGCCAUACCCACGAUUUUGGACAGGAUGACAAGAGGGAGGAGUUUGGCCGGUGGCACCAUAAGAUGACGGAUACUUCCAAGUGA